AUGGCUCAGGAGAAGAUGGAGCUAGACCUGGAGCUGCCUCCGGGUACGGGCGGGAGCCCGGCGGAGGGCGGUGGCAGCGGCGGCGGCGGGGGCCUCAGGAGGUCUAACAGCGCCCCCCUGAUCCACGGCCUCAGUGACACUUCGCCGGUGUUCCAGGCCGAGGCGCCGAGCGCCAGGCGGAACAGCACAACGUUCCCGAGCCGCCACGGCCUGCUGCUACCGGCCUCCCCUGUCCGCAUGCACAGCAGCCGCUUGCACCAGAUCAAACAAGAAGAGGGCAUGGACUUGAUCAAUCGAGAGACAGUCCACGAGCGGGAGGUGCAGACCGCAAUGCAGAUAAGCCACUCCUGGGAGGAAAGUUUCAGCCUGAGUGACAACGACGUGGAGAAAUCCGCCUCCCCCAAGCGCAUCGAUUUCAUUCCUGUGUCACCAGCACCGUCACCCACUCGGGGAAUUGGGAAGCAGUGUUUUUCGCCAUCCUUGCAAAGUUUUGUAAGUAGCAACGGAUUGCCUCCAAGCCCUAUUCCCAGCCCAACGACCCGAUUUACCACCCGGAGAAGCCAGAGCCCCAUCAAUUGCAUUAGACCAAGUGUUCUUGGACCAUUGAAAAGAAAAUGUGAAAUGGAAACUGAAUAUCAGCCAAAGAGAUUUUUCCAGGGCAUCACCAACAUGCUUUCUUCUGACGUUGCACAGCUGUCAGAUCCUGGUGUGUGUGUAUCUUCGGAUACCCUUGAUGGAAACAGCAGCAGUGCCGGAUCUUCUUGUAACUCACCAGCGAAAGUCAGCACUACCACCGACUCUCCUGUGUCACCUGCCCAAGCGGCUUCUCCAUUUAUUCCACUAGAUGAACUUUCGUCUAAGUGAUUCACUCAUCCUGAGACUUUCUUUUUGCAGUGGAGAGAGAGAAUAAUCUAGUUGGGGCAAACACUGAACUUUGUCAAUUAAUUUGAGGCUAUUUCCUAUUUGACCCCUUUUCUUUUUUGAAAUUCCCUGAAAUGAUGUUAUUCUAGAGAACUUCUAUGUCAGGUUCCUUUGGAUACCCUUGAAUUCAGUGUAGUAAUAUUUUCAGACGUUUCCCCAAUAAGUGUGUUGAAGCAUACAUCUUUACGCUGCUAAUAUGUCUAAAUACAUAUGUUAUCCCUUGAUUUUUUUAAAUAAUUGAGAGCUCUAUUUAUUUAUGGGAUUAUUAAGUUCUGAUGAAAAUAUAAAUGUUGACUUAAUCAGCAUAGUAAACUGAUGUUUAAAAUUCCAUACUUCAUGCCCACACUAAUUUUUAAUGUUAUUUUCAGUGGUUGCCGAUUUCCAUUUGAUGAAGAACUAUACAGCUUAAAAAAAUACGUUAGUUAUAUCUAUCUAGUGGUUGUCUGUUUUACCCAGGAAUUCUUGGAUAUUUAGUUUUCUGGGUACUGAAGUGGAUGGGAGGGGGAAUGAUUAAAGAACAAAUUAUAAAAGUUUGAACAAAUCUUUUCAAAUUAAGCAUAUAAAAGUAAACUUUUAAGAAAAACAUUUUUAAUGAGAUUUUAAUAGUAAUUCUAGUCAGUCAUACAACUAUAACUACUAUAGAGAAAAUAAAAAUUUUUCCUUUUUUUUUUUUUU